GCGACCACUUCGGCUUUGACGGCUGGCUGGUCAACCUCGAGGCGGCGGCGGCGGGGAUGGGAGCGGUGCACGAGCUGCUCGAGCUGCUCACGGUCUGCCUCAAGCAGCGGGCCCUCGUCCUCGUGUACGAUUCCCUCGACCGCACCGGGCGCGUGCGCUACCAGAACAGCCUCGCCCCAGACAACAAGGCCGCCUUCGACGCGUGCGAUGGCCUCUUCACCAACUACUGGUGGGGCGCGAAGCAGCUGGCGCAGUCUGUGGCCCUCGCCGGCGCGCGACGGUGCGACGUGUAUGUUGGCGUCGAUUGCUUCGCGCGCAACACUCCAUAUGCCGCCGGACCGGCUUGCGCGCCUGCGUGCGCCGCGGCUCGUGCCGCCGGCCUCUCGCUUGCUCUCUUUGCCCCUGGCUGGUCCAUCGAGUGCGGCGGGGCGCAGUGCGCGUCGGAGGACGCGGACGCGGCGGCGGCGGCGGACCGCCGGUUCUGGGAGGCGCUGGGGUUGAAGCGACUAUACCGCGAUUGA